AUGGUAGCCACUAGUCCCCCCUCAGCCGCCCCUCCGCGAGCGGCGUGGGCGCUGAGACCGGGACCCAGCGCCCGGGGGCACCGGGACCUCGCGGGAGGCGAUGAAGGCGGAGCCCCGGUAAGGCUAGGGAGGCGCGCGGCGAGGCAACCCCCCCCUCCCCGGCCCGCCGGGGUAAACAAGGCCGCGACCCGCGCCGCACACUUACUGGGAGCCGCAGCUCGGCCGCUGAGCCCGGGCGGACUAGACCGGGUCCGGCCGGGCCAGAGGUUUCAGACACAGGCGCAGAGGCGGCGGCGGAGACUACGGGCCGACGCCGGUCAAGCCCGCGCUCCUUCCUCCGGUGGAGCCGUCUCCGCAGCUCCGGAAGUGCUCAGUGCAGUUGCGUCACUUCCGGCCCGGGGUCGACCCGAGGUCGCCGAGGUCGCGGGCUGGUGCUGGGUGAUAGCGUCCCUUGGCCCGCGCUUCACUGCAGUCCAGCACUGCGAUCCUAAGUGUGACCUGGCACGGCCAGUGCCCACGGUGUGGGAGGCGGCGGAGGAGAGGAGCCGGCUUAUUGGAGAGUGGUCAAGGCGUCUCUUCCGGCUUUCUCCCGCUGGCACCGCCCGCCGGGAUAAUUUUAACCAGCGUUUUUCUCAUGGACUGCUCGCUUCACUGUAUUCGAGUGUAGUGCACACAGAAGACACGCUGACGUCCAUGGAGUACCAAAGGACCGUUGUCUCCCGGCCGCUGUCUGGUGGAAGAAGAACUGGGGCUGUAGGUCGCCGCGCCGGCCCGGGAAUUUCUGCCUGCACUCUCAGCCCGCCGCCUGGUGGCCCCCCAGCCGCACAGACCGGGCCGGGCUUUCCUUUUACUCUCCGCGGCCUGGCCCACCCAGGUCUCCCGCUUCCCAUUCAUCGUCCAAGAUUGAAUUGUGAUUUCGUUUCUUCAAUUCCACAUUUGCCUUGCUACACGGUUUCUAGAAGCAGUUUAGGAAUUAUGCGUCAUUAUGACUGCCAGUUCCUUCUAGGACCUGUUGCCAAGUGUUGUGGAUAGAAAGACCCGGAGACUCCCUCAGGUUGCUGCUGCACGAGUGAAAAUGCGAGGGUGAAGCGGGUGAUGUUACGGAGCAUCCUGGCUGUGCGACUCUUCUCAUAACCCAAACUAUUUCCACCCAUACACAAGUCGUGUAUGUACUGAUACGCAAAGAAUCAGUGUGUAACGAGCUCUUAUUUCUUGCUUCAUGCGUGUAUUCGUGUAUUUCUUAUACAUGGUUUUCAGCUAACAGUUUAAGAGCAUGUACCUAAAUAAGGCGCAAAUACUAGAAAUCCUCCCUCUGCAGAAGGAAACAAAUCCUAGAAAGCCCAAAUAAAUUUGGAGUGAAAAUCAAUAGCAAUGACUAACAAUUGCAGGAUUACGAAUUUUAUAUAUCUUAACAAUGUAAAAGUCUACUAAACUUGAAUGUGCUUCUUUCAUUUGUCUUCACGAAACAUACUCCUUUAAAUUAUGAUACUAGGAAAAGACCUAACGUAUAUUUUUUGCAAAUGAAAUCUGAAGUAGAAGCUUUCAUUUUGGUAUACUGGUAAUAAAUGCUCUCCAGCAAACAAAAGGAAAUUUUCUGUACCACUAUUUGCAUUGCAAAAUAGAGAAUUUGUUCACAUGUCAAGCACAUGGAUGUACAUAUAAUAUAUAUAUAUAUAUAUUAUAUGUGAACAUGUUAUAUGCUUGACAUGUGAACAAAUAUGAACAAGCAUUAUCCAUAUUUGUUCACCUGUCUUCUACUAAAGGUGAGUUUUUGCUUGUUUGUUUUAGAGAGGGACAGCAAGAAAGAGGGAGAGAGAGAGAGAG